AUGGCCGAAACACGCAACAUUGCGCCCAUAAUCGACGUCGCCGGUGCGGGCUUCAGACUUUCGCUGCUCCUCAACGCCAUUAGUUCGGAGGUCUCAAAUGCCGGUCUCGAGGUCAAGAACGUCUCAAAGGGCGUCACAAUGUUCUCGAUGAUGUUGAAGCACACGGGUCAAGUUCUUCAGGCUAGGGACUCAGUUCACUCCCAAGAAGCGGUUGAGACAGCAAAGUCAAUAGCAGACGAAAGCACACGGGUCUUUGAUGAGUUCAGGGAUAUGUGGGUGCGUGCAAGUACGCAAGACGCAGACAGCACCACCAUUCUCCCCCUUCAACAGAGAUUCGGACGGACUUUCAGGAAACACAGGGUUGCAUAUCUGCUCGCGCAACUCGAGAGUCUUCAAUUAAGCCUCUCGGUCAUGCUGCAGAUACUCCAGCUGGGGAAGGUGUGGGCGUCCACCUCACGAAGCGAUUCCCCGGAGGAGGUCUCGUUCAAGAAAGAAGCCAUCAGCCAAGAGCGCGCCGAGGCUCAAAACGCUGUUAUUGUUCGCUACUGGCAGAUGACCAAUAUGGACAUGUUGUUUGAAGCCUCCCAGCGGGAGGAGGAGGAGGAGGACAGAAAAUCAAGCGUUGACAACGGCGCCAUGCGAGACAAUCAAUCAUCGGCAACUUCGACAGACAGCACUCCACAGAACAUUGGCACCGUCUCUUUCGAUCAUGCCACCUCGAGAGCUUUGGUGAGACUUCCAGUCUUUUCUCUCGGUGAGCUUGAUCACAUGUUACAUCAGAUCCGGGAUUCUCCUCGAGACAUGGUUCAGGUGUCUGACCGAGCAAUCGACCCCCUCCUCGAAAGAUGGACCGUUUGGCGUGAAGUCCGAGAAAGGCGCCACAACCGUGACUCUGGCUCAAGAUACGCCCCCUCGGUCGAUAACCUCAAUGAAGACGAUGAGGAGACCCCUUUCCAUGAGCGAUACCCGGAGCGGGAAGACAGCCCUCGCGGGUAUUAUUUGGAAGGCACAACAACCGACUGGAGGAAGCCAAACUCUGCUUCUGCACGACAUGAAGCAUUCAAAAAACGGAAGCAGUACUCCGGUUACCAGCCGAGCGUGAGUGCGGCAAGUAGCGACGUGGAGGACUCCCCGGGAGGGAGCACUAGCUCCAAAAAGCGAUCUUCGCGGCGAUACGUGUUAGACUCAGAUUCAGAAUCAUCUGCCUCUGAAGCUGAGAUGGCCCAGCCCAAACCACGGCGUCGAAGUAGCGGCAACCCAACCGCUGAACGAAAGAUACAAGCUCCUGGAGGGGAGACUUCAGCGGCACACCAUUUCGCGGCGCAGGUGCCGCCGCCGUCAUGGAUCACAGCUAAUGCUACUGGUGCUGUCAACCGUCCGCCGUCUGCCCAGCCCUCCGUGACGUCAGCUCAGUCGACAGCAUCCAGAUUGUCGUCUCCAGCAUAUCAUCCGCCAGGCCAUCGUCCUUGGGCAACACCCGACCAGAAUCCGAUGCAUCACAGUGUCUCAUCACCUCUACUGCCGGCGCACAUGCCCAACGGCCCGAGCCCAUUUGUGCCUCCGCAAGCUGUGGCCUUCCCUCGUUUUAGUGGCCAGAUGCAUCCACAUGGACAGGUACCGCAACUUGGGUACCCACAACUCAGUGCAUACACACAGCCUUCCUCUCAGACUCGAUAUGUUCCUCAAUCUUCGCCUCGGAUGGGCCUAGCACCACGACCAGUUUCUCAAGAUGGUAAAUCCGCACGGUCACCAUCCAGAUUAUCCCAUCAAGGUAGCUCUACGCGCACCCACGAUGAGAGGAGGUACUCGAAGGAGAAGUCGACGAAGCAAAAUAUCCGCGAAAGUGCCACUAAAGGUCUCCUGGGAGCUGGAGCCAUUGCAGGUUUUCUAGAUGCGCUGGAGGGUUUGAGCCUUUAA